AUAUGCUUAAUUCAGUCUAUGAGAUUGAGAGCAUUAAUAAAAUUAUUUACAUUUAAAUAUUCACACUUUCUUACCACCUUCCUCGGCUUCUCCUAUAAAUUCGACCUUUCCAUAUUGGUUUAGCAAUAGAAUCUGCAAGUUAUAGAUUUCAUAAGUGAAACACAUAAAAUCAAGCAAGAGCUCUUCUUCUUAUUAUUCUUUCUUGUUGAAGAUCACAAAAAAUCUUUUCCAUUUUCAUUCAUUCGUUGUACGCAUAUUCAUUCAACCCUACGUUUGUUUUCUCUAUAUGUACAAACCCUAUAGUCCCUCCGCCUCUCACCACAAAAUCUGUGUAAAAUUCAUAGCCAUUAGCCAUUAACCUCUUCUUUGACAUUGUUUCUCUCUAUUUUCAUAACGGACAAAGUUUAAGUACAAAGUUGAUUAUAGUUUAAAUACAAAGUUGGUUGUAGUUUAAGAUUACAAUUUUACUCCAUAUCUUUUUAUUAAAGUUGAGUUUUCACAAAUUCACCAUUAGAUUACAUUUUCUUCUUAUAUACUCUAAGCUUGCAAAAUUUCUAAAAAAUUGAAAAUCAAUAGCUAUGUUAUCAAUAAAUUAUUUAAAUUGUAAGUUUUUGUAGUUUAAAAUUAUGUAUAAAAUAUAAGUAUAUAAAUGAUAUAGUAAAUAAAAAUUAUUUACUAUAUAUUUUGAAAAUCUAAUUCAUAUAUAUUUUGAAAAUCUAAUACAUAUCAAAUUUGGUAGCCAAACUUGUUUUUGUAACCCUCUCAAUUUCUUCAUUGUUAAUCAAUGGCUCCAAGUUUUAGAAAAGGUCCCUCAGAUGUCACUAACCAAUCUCCAAUCACGUUGGAAGGUUCAAACUUCUUAGCCAAUGGUCAUAUCAUUCUCUCCCAAGUCCCUGAUAACAUCACAGCCACACUUUCACCAUACACAAACAUUGACGAAUCCAUCACCAACGUCGGUUGCUUUGUGGGCUUCAAUGCCAAGGAGUCCACUGACCGACAUGUCGUUUCCAUUGGUAAACUUAGAGACAUAAGGUUCAUGAGCAUAUUCAGGUUCAAGGUUUGGUGGACCACACACUGGGUUGGUUCCAAUGGUAGAGACCUAGAGAACGAGACCCAGAUGGUGAUUCUUGAAAGUUCUGAUCUGGGUCGUCCUUAUGUUCUCCUUCUUCCUCUUUUGGAAGGUCCUUUUAGAGCCUCUAUUCAACCUGGUCACGAUGAUAACUUUGAUCUUUGCGUUGAGAGUGGCUCUUCUAAGGCCUUUGGUGACUCAUUCAUAAGUGUCAUGUACAUGCAUGCUGGUGAGGACCCUUUUCGUUUGGUCAAAGAGGCUAUGAAAGUUGUGAGGGUUCACUUGGGUACUUUUAAGCUUUUGGAAGAGAAAACCCCACCUGGUAUUGUGGACAAAUUUGGUUGGUGCACUUGGGAUGCAUUCUAUCUUUCUGUGCACCCUCAAGGUGUUUUAGAAGGUGUGAAAGGUCUUGUUGAUGGUGGAUGCCCACCUGGGCUUGUGUUACUUGAUGAUGGGUGGCAAUCAAUUGGUCAUGAUUCUGAUCCAAUCACACAAGAGGGAAUGAAUCAAGCUGUUGCUGGUGAACAAAUGCCAUGUAGGCUCUUGAAGUUUCAAGAGAAUUACAAGUUUAUAGACUAUGUUAGUUCUAAAAAGUGUGACAAUCUUAAGGGUAUGGGGGCCUUUGUUAGGGACCUAAAGGAGGAGUUCAAGAGUGUGGACUAUGUUUAUGUGUGGCAUGCUUUGUGUGGUUAUUGGGGUGGGGUUAGGCCCAAUGUGCCUGGAUUGCCUGAAUCUGUGGUUGUAGAGCCCAAACUCUCACCGGGGUUGAAGUUGACCAUGGAGGAUCAGGCGGUGGAUAAGAUUGUUGACACUGGUGUGGGACUUGUCUUACCGGAGAUCGUCGAUCAGAUGUAUGAGGGGCUUCAUUCACACUUGGAGGCCGUUGGUAUUGAUGGUGUCAAAGUUGAUGUUAUUCAUUUGCUGGAGAUGGUAUGCGACAAUUAUGGUGGCAGAGUUGAGCUUGCAAAAGCAUAUUACAAAGCCCUCACUGCCUCUGUAAAGAAGCACUUCAAUGGAAAUGGUGUCAUUGCUAGCAUGGAGCACUGCAACGAUUUCAUGUUCCUCGGAACAGAGGCCAUAUGUCUUGGCCGUGUUGGAGAUGAUUUUUGGUGCACUGAUUCAUUUGGUGAUUGGCUCCAAGGGUGUCAUAUGGUGCAUUGUGCCUACAAUAGCUUGUGGAUGGGCAACUUCAUUCAACCAGAUUGGGACAUGUUCCAAUCUACUCACCCAUGUGCUGCUUUCCAUGCUGCAUCUCGUGCCAUUUCUGGUGGUCCUAUUUAUGUGAGUGACAUUGUUGGGAAGCACAACUUUGAAUUGCUAAAGACCCUAGUGUUGCCUAAUGGGUCCAUUUUGAGGUGUGAGUACUAUGCACUUCCAACUCGAGACUGUCUCUUUGAGGACCCUCUCCAUGAUGGGAAAACUAUGCUAAAAAUCUGGAAUCUCAACAAGUACUCUGGAGUGCUUGGGGCAUUCAACUGCCAAGGAGGUGGAUGGUCUCGUGAAACUAGGAGCAAUCAAUGCUUCUCCCAAUGUUCCCAUGUUUUGACUUCUCAAGCCAACCCAAAAGACAUCGAGUGGAAGAGUGGCAAGAAUCCAAUUUCCAUUAAAGGAGUACAAGUUUUUGCCUUGUACUAUAACCAAGCUAAGAAGCUAGUCCUUUCCAAGCCAUCCGAGAAUGUAGAGUUGUCUUUAGAGCCAUUCAAGUUCGAGCUCAUAACUGUGUCCCCAGUGACUGUCUUGGCUGGAACUUCUAUUGAAUUUGCUACUAUUGGCUUGGUGAAUAUGCUCAAUACUGGUGGUGCCAUUCAGUCCUUGGCCUUCAAUGAUGAUGGCAAGUCAGUUCAAAUUAGAGUGAAGGGCACUGGAGAAAUGAGGGUGUUUGCAUCAGAGAAGCCAAUUGCUUGCAAGAUUGAUGAAGAAGUUGUACCAUUUGAGUAUGAGGGCUGCAUGGUUGUUAUUCAAGUACCAUGGCCCGAUUCUUCCAAGUCAUCUAUAGUAGAGUAUUACUUCUGAAGGGGCUGAAUUUUAUUAGCCUCCUUCAAUAUUUUUAUCAUGGGUUGUGUUAACGGGCACCAUAAGGUGCCCGUUAACGAUGACUUUUUGUAACUUUUUGUAACAUCCUUUCUACUUUUUACUACUUUUUGUCUUUUUUAACAAUUUUUUAGUAGUUUUUUUAAUCCUUUUUGACAACCCUUUUUAAUAAUAUUUUGUCAUUUUUAUUAAGUGGGACCCAUAUAAGGAAAUCUUAACAAUCAUUGUACGAUGCUUGUUAACAUUUCCCUUUUAUUAUUUCAAUUUUUUUGUUUAAGGGAUUUAAUGA